AUGGCGGAAUCAAGCUCAUCCCAGACUUAUGAUGCAGAGAACGCAAGAAACGUGCUUGUGCCAGCGGUGGGCCAACAAAGUGGCCCUGGGUCACAGUCCAUCGACUCGAGGCACUUUUCAAGUAGAUCUCAACCGACAAAAGCGCCUGCACCUGCUCCGCCUCUCAAGCGUUCUGCGACGACAAUCGCUGCCGGACCUCAGCCGCCGAAGCGCGCACGCGGCGAAGAAGGCUCUUUCAAUACACGCAUGCGAGGUGUUCUCGACAAGUUCGAGGACGACAUGACGUGCCCGAUCUGCUUCGACAUCAUUGCACUCGCGUACCUCACCAACCCUUGUGGGCACUCAACAUGCGGCGACUGUCUCGCGAGUUGGAUUGACGCAGCCAAGUUGCCGACGUGCCCCCUCUGCCGCGAGGUCAUUGACGCAAAUGCACCGCUCAUCCCAAACUUCUCUCUGGACAACAUGCUGGAAAAGCAUGUCUGCGCCCUGAGCGAUAGUGGCGCGAAGGAUUGGGCUCCGGGCGGGUCGAAGUUCGAAGAAUGGACGGCGCGCAAAGCUGCGUGCAGGGCGAACAUGGCCAAACGGCGCGCUGCGAAGUCGACGGCCAAGAAGGCAGUACAGCGCGAGGAGACGGAGCUUACUGUGGGCGGCGACGAUCCGGAAGACGAAGACUACGAAGGAUCAGACGGUACUGGCUCUGACGGCGAACAGGCAUUGGAGGGCUCUGGUUCAGAUGAAUCUGAAGAAGAUUCUGCUGAGGAGACGGAGGCUGAAGAAGCUGCGCCUGGGCCGUCCACACGCGGAAGAAAUGGGCAACGCGGACGCGGACGAGGGCGUGGGCGUGGGCACGGGCGGAGGCGACGGGGGAGGCGUUUCGCUCGCGAGUUCGCCUCGCGGGCGUCUCUUCGGCUCCUUAUUUCGCCCCCGUCGCGCAUGAUUAUCUCCUUGCCUUCCCGCCACGAUCACGACUUUCUUACGACCGCGACUUCCGCGACUUUCGCAACGACCAUGAGCUGGGUUGUCAACGACACAUUCACUCCCGCGCUUGGCGCCGCCGCGACUAUCGAUCUUCCCAGCGGUUCGCACUCUGGCGGCGUGCAUCUCUGCCUUCGCGCACGACUGGGGACGCAUGCAGUGGCUUCCCAACUUGCGCGUGAGGCUGUGCGCGUACAGGCGUGGACCAACGCGCCCGUAGAGGGCACCAGCGAUGGCCAGUGGGCAGCUUAUGAUUUCGCGCCCUCGUCUCGCCGUGUAACCGUCGCUAAGGAGAAUGAGUUCGCGCUGGACGCACCGGAGCAAGCUGAUGACGACGGCAACGAGCUCACACUCACUAUCCGCCUGAAGCUGCGUCCCCUCGCCCCUGGCACGGUCAGCGCCGAGUUCGCCGUCACCUACCGUUUGACGUACCCCGACGGCGGUGUAUGGUGGCUCGGUUCGCAAGGCCACGACGCCCGUGUGCUACUAAGACGCGCGGACCCGUGGCUCUCUGCUCCCGGCGAGCAAGAUGUGUAUAGUGGCGAAGGCGAGAUCUUCCGUUCCGUCGGCAUGAAGGAACCCUGGGGUUGUUGGGCCAUUUCAGACGGCCAUGUCGAGUAUCACCCUCACGGCCACCUCACACCUACCGACGCCGCCAUCCUAGUGCUCGUACCUGCCCCUUCCGAUCGUACGCUCGCGCAGCACCAGCCUAUCAUAGUGCAUGGCGCACAACUCUCUCUGGACGCUCAUGGUCUUAUCCGUUGUGCAAAAGGCACUCGCGCACGAACCCGCGUGUAUCGGGCGAUCAGCGCCGAGCGCGAACUUGCUCUCGCCCUCCCUGCUUUAGGCUUGCGCUGGCUAGGUGUCUGUGCUGGAUUCGCGCUUGUCGCGAUUCCGCCUACAAAUGGUGCCGCGCGUGUGGCGCUCAUUCCUUUGCUUGCGCACGCGGGCUCAGAUGCCGUUGUCUCGCUUGAUCUUGCCGCGUGCGGCUUCGACAAGGUCGAGGGCGAGAGCGCUGCCGGAUUUGCGGUCUUCAGCCCUCUCUCGCGCAGGGUCCUGGGUGUCGAUGGCGAUCAGAUCAUCUUGCGCGUUGGCCCUUUCGGCGGAACGGCGCUUGCUAGUGCGAUGCAUGCUCUACCUGUUGUAGACGGCGUGAGUGGGCGCGAAGGAACCUGGCGCGUCGCAGUGCUUACUCCACACGAGCUCGUGCUUUCUGUGCCCGAGGAGCACGCGCCCGAGGUGGAAUACUCGUUCGCUCCAGAGAACAGCACGCUGUCCGGCGCGACGCUACAUGCGACCUCGCAUUCUUACGACUCCGAUCUCGAGCACGACGACGGCCCUUCAUCGCAGCCAUGUCCGCCGCCGGAGCUCGACAUGCCUUUCCGCAGGGCCUCUCCUCCGCCGACUCACGCGCGGGAGACCUCAGCGACGCUCGCUACCCAACGCGAACACGACCCGUCAAUCUCGCACCGACUUGUCGCAUAUAUCGUGCCUCUCUUAUGGCGCACGCUCGCGGUGCUUCUCCGCGCCGUGCUUGCGCGGUUAUUCUCUGCCGUGGGGAUGCGCCCACCUAGGCUACUCAUGCAAUUGCUCAGCCUGUCACUGCCUGGAUCGCCCAGCGAACGUACACCGAUCUCUCGUGCGCAGUCGUACUCUUUUGUUCAGUCUCCGGUCGAGGAAGUGCCAGGAAAGAAGCCCGAUGAGGCGUCUCCGCGCGAGAUUAAUACACCGACGCCCGACCGGUCGUCUACGCCUGUCCGUGAACCGACGCCAGCUCGCACCUCUACGCCGGCGCACCAGCGCAAGCGGGCGCUCUCAGACGCGACGGAUGUCACCAUCGCGCCUCCCCCGCGCGCAUCGCUCAAAUUCCGCGUACCCGAUGGCCCACUCUCGCUUUUCGCCCUGCCUGACGAGACGCUCUUUACCACCUCGGACGAGAAGAUCAACGGCGAGGAACUCGGCGGGCGAGCGCUUAAGGAUGCCGUGCGCGCGCUUGAGGCCGCACUUGAUGGCGCGGCCAUUGCCCUUGGCCCGGGUGGCGGCCCAUUCGCUCGUGGUGCGGCGGUGCUCGAGGGGCAGGUGCGGGAAGGGAAGUUGGAGGUUUCUGGUCAUGGUUGCUCUGUGUUCUGA